AUGGGAGCAGAUCUUGGACCUUCUAUCUUCGGCCUCUGUCGCUGGAGAAGAGUGGGUGGAGCUUUCCAGAUCCGCUGCCGCCAUAGCUACGGCAUGCCGCAGGUGUAUCUGGGUCUUGGCAUCUUUCUGUUUGGUGAAUGCGGCAAUCUGGCCUGCCACAUUGCUCUGCGAAACCUUCGCCCUCCAGGCAGCACCGUCCGACGCAUCCCCCAGCCCGUGGCCUGGUCGCCCUUCACCUACCUCUUCAGCCUUGUCGCCUGCCCCAACUACACCUACGAGGUGGUUUCUUGGAUCGGCUUCACCAUCAUGACACAGACAUUUGCAGGUACUGCCCUCUGUCUCUCUCUCACUUGCCUGCCAUUCUCUCUCUCCUGUGCGUGUUUGACCGCCUAUUUGUCUGUGUGUUGUGCGCUUGGCCAUGACGGGCCUCUGUAA